CCGUCUGGUUGCUGCCUCCUGCAGGAUUCUGGGGUUUGUAGUUUAGGGAGGGGCCUUGAAACGGCUCAGCCAGUGAGGUCCUGGGCCUCCCUGAACUGCAAACCCCAGAAUUCUGCAGAAUUCAUAGUAUGGAAAGUGGAUAGACCCUCUACCAAUGCAGUCCUCUUAGAAUUGGGCUGGGAAAGAUCACUGCUCUAUGUUUCCCUGCGCGAGGCGGGAGGAAGUUGCGCCAAGGAGGCGGGCCUGAAGCGGGGGAGGGACAGCCUAGGGGCCGACGGGACUCAACUGGGAGUGAGAUGCAAGUUAAGGCUUCUCCCUUGAACGGAAUUAAAGGGACAGCGUCCCUCUGCUGUUUUACCGCUCUUUAGAAAUGCAGGCACCCAUAGCAAGGAUGUGGCUGCCUCUCCAAGGCAAACUUUAAAAGGUAUCAUGUGAAAACGAAGGGAGAGAGGCAUGUUGUGUCACUGAGCAGAGGAGGAACGGCGGCCUUGCCUUCUCCGUAGAUCCAGGCCGGUCCCUUCGUGCCUGUUUGGAACCACGUCCCAGAUAAUUCAAGCAUAAUCUGGCAUGGACACUUUUGCGAGCCACAGCUGCCAUCUCCUUCAGCAACUCCAUGAUCAACGAAUUCAAGGACUCCUCUGUGAUUGCAUGUUGGUGGUCAAAAAUGUUUGUUUCAAAGCACAUAAAAAUGUCUUAGCUGCUUUUAGCCAGUACUUCAGGACCCUAUUUCAAAAUUCUUCAGGCCAGAAGAAUGAUGUCUUCCACUUGGAUAUUAUAAAUGUCGGUGGCAUAGGCCAGAUCUUAGACUAUAUGUACACUUCUCAUCUUGACCUCAACCAGGACAAUGUACAAACAUUGCUGGAUAUUGCACAGUGCUUGCAAGUGCAGAAUGUUUUGAACAUGUGUCGCUCAUUCAUGCAGUCCUCCACAGCUGCAGAACAGCCAGCUGCUAUGCCUUGUAACCAUGCCUUUUCGUUGCAAAAUACUGUGGCUCCAAAUAUGAAUUGCGUGAGUGAUAGCACUAAUUUACUGCAUGCAUGUUCGUCAGGUGAGCAACCUUGUAAAAUCUUGGAUGAUCAUAAUCUACAUAAUUCGCAAGCCAUCUCUUCUGAUAAUAUUUCGCAAGCCAUCUCGUCUGAUAAUAUCAACAACAAGAAGCAGGAUUCCAGAGAUGCUGAUUGCACAGGUAUUUCAUUGAAACAGCCUACUUGCCAUUACAAACUUCGCAACUUUUACAGCAAACAGUUCCACAAGCAAAAUAUUUCUCCUGACAGAAAGAAAUCACCAGAACUACCCUCUAAUUGUAGUGCCUCUUCAGAUCAAAACUCAUCUAAGAAUGAUUCAUACACCAUCAGUCAAUCUGAAUGUGUUUUGGAACCAUCUGAUCAUUUACCACCAGUCUUUCUGGCUCAGCCUUUAAAUGAGCAUCCCAGAGAUCAAGAUUUAGAUGGCACCAAACAGAUGAGGCUCAAAAAAGCAGUUCAUCUUGAAAAACUAAGUUUCCUACGGUCUCAGGAGUCUGCAGAAGAAUGUGCUGCACAUAAAACUGCAAGUGAAGACCCUGUAAGGGAAACACAGCCAGAAAGGCAAAGUGGCAUGGAAACGACAAACAUUGAAGCUACUGAACAAACUGAAGUCAGCUCAGAGUGUUUGGAACAAAGUGCUGAGCUUGUAUCAUCUGAGGAGGCUUCUGAGCCAGGUAGCCAGUUACAGAUUUUCCUUUCAGAGAGACAAUAUCCUUGUUCAGUUUGUGGAAAAGCUUUUAAACAUCCAAGCAAUCUGGAACUCCACAUAAGGUCUCAUACAGGUGAGAAGCCAUUUGAAUGUAACAUUUGUGGGAAGUGUUUCUCACAGGCAGGAAAUCUCCAGACUCACUUGCGUCGACAUUCAGGUGAAAAACCAUAUAUUUGUGAAAUCUGUGGGAAAAGAUUUGCUGCAUCUGGUGAUGUCCAGCGCCACAUUAUUAUUCACACUGGAGAAAAACCACAUCUGUGUGACAUUUGUGGUCGAGGUUUUAGUAACUUCAGUAAUUUGAAGGAACAUAAGAAGAACCAUACAGUAGAAAAAGUUUUCACUUGUGAUGAGUGUGGAAAAUCAUUUAAUUUACCACGAAAGUUAGUAAAACACAGAAUUAGACACACUGGAGACAGACCAUACAGUUGCUCUGCUUGUGGAAAAUGUUUUGCAGGAUCUGGUGACUUACGAAGACACAUCCGAACACAUACUGGGGAAAAGCCUUAUAACUGUGAGACCUGUAAUAAAUGCUUCAGUCGUUCAGCUGUCUUACGUCGACACAAAAAAGUCCAUUGUAAAGAUAAUGAAAGUUCAAAUGCUCUAGAUGACUUUACUCAAACAAUGGAAAUCUCAGAUCCCGAGAAGUCCCAGAACUCAGACUCUUUUACACAAGAACUUUCAGUGACUUUGCUACCAGCAUCAAUGAAGUUUCCUGUCCAACCAAAUGGGAAUUCACCUAGUGAAUUGGACAGUUUCUGCAAGGUACAGUCCCUAGUACAACAGAAUGAAUGUGGAAAUCAACAGAAAAUGAAUUUGGAUCCUGUCAAAUACUGCAAAUCUCAGCAAAGACCUAAUCGGACAUGCUCUUAUAAGGAAAUGGACCCAUUAACUGAGGAAGAACCUUUGCUCCAUUCCUCUGUGGGUGACAAUUGUAGUGGUGAACUGAAUAACCGUAUGUCUUCUAUUGAAUGUCGAAAUAACGAUGGCCCAUUCUUCUCUAGUGUCACCCUCUGGGGUUUAGCAAUGAAGACUUUACAGAACGAGAAUGAAUUGGGUCAGUGAGAAGUAGUGCUAAUGCUUUGUCAAUUUUGUACUUGACACGAGAUAUUCCUAAAUGGCUAUUACUAUUACCUUUUAUAAUGAUUAUGAUUAAAUAUUUAUAUAAUACUUUAGAGCAGCGGCUCUCAAACUGUAUUCCACGAAACCUUAGGGUUCCACAAAAGCAUCAAAGAAGUUCUACAAAAAAAUCUUAAAGAGUCAAAUCUAAAAUGGAUUUUAAAAUAAAACCACGUGAGGACAACUA